GCUUCUCCAGCUGUUGAGUCAAAGCAACAGAGAGCGACAGCAAGAUUCGGAAAAGACGAAACACCCCUCAAGAAUCAUCAAGUAAAGAGAUCAAACAGCAUCCGUGAAGAUCCAAUUUAUAGAUCUAAGUAGGAGAGCUGACUACAAGAGAAAUUGCUUCCAAAAUGGGAAAAGAUCCAAACAGGCCGAGAGGCAAGAUGUCCUCCUAUGCCUAUUUUGUCCAGACCUGCCGGGAGGAGCACAAGAAGAAGCACCCUGAAGCUUCAGUGAACUUUGCCGAGUUCUCCAAGAAGUGCUCCGAGCGCUGGAAGACCAUGUCUGCAAAGGAAAAGGGCAAAUUUGAGGACCUGGCCAAACAGGAUAAGGCCCGCUAUGACAGGGAGAUGAUGAGCUAUACUCCUGUUAAGGGAGGCAAGAAGAAGAAGUUCAAGGACCCCAAUGCCCCCAAGAGACCCCCGUCCGCCUUCUUCAUCUUCUGCUCUGAGUUCCGCCCAAAGGUGAAGAGUGAGAGUCCCGGUCUUACCAUCGGAGAUGUGGCCAAGAGGCUCGGCGAGAUGUGGAACAGCACCUCUGCUGAGGACAAGCAGCCCUAUGAGAAGAAGGCUUCUAAGCUGAAGGAGAAGUAUGAGAAGGAUGUCGCCGCAUAUCGCGCAAAGGGCAAAACGGGCGGCAGUGCUCCGGCCAAAGCACCGGCCAAGGCAGAAAAGAAGGAUGAUGAUGACGAUGACGACGAUGAAGACGAGGAGGAAGAGGACGAGGAGGAUGAUGAUGAUGACGAGUAGAGAGCAAAAUGACGUACAAAGUGGUCAUGUCCUUGUUUAUAAAGCAUUUAACCCCCUUGUACACACUUCACUUACUGAAAGAAAAUGCAUUAGUAUCUAAGGGGUAAAAAAACAAAAAACAAAAAGGCUGUGUAUAUCAGUUGUUUUUAUGCUGUACAGUUUUUUUUCCCUUUUUUUUGUAUAGGUCACACUACACAAGUAUCGUGUCUGUGUCUUUCUGCUAGUCUUAUUUUUCCAGUGAUAGUUCCUAGACCACUAUCCUGCCUGGUACAGUUAGCUGUUACAGUAGCUAGACGUGCACAGCACAUAAAAAAAUAUCUGAUUUAGACCUGAGUGUUUCUUUACUUUCUCUGUGUUUUUAAGUUCGGAAAUUUGGCGUAUCACAGUUUUACUGAUGUUUUAUGUACCACUGUAAUAGCAAAAGUAAGAAAAGAAUGCCUUGUUUAUUGUUAAAAUUGCUUCUGAUGUCAAUAAACAUUUUUUUUUUUAAUAAA